AUGGGAAGAAGUCCAUGCUCUGACAAAGCUAACGUGAAAAGAGGGCCAUGGUCUCAUGAAGAAGAUGAAAUACUCAAAAGCUACCUCAACAAACAUGGCUCUGCUGGUAACUGGAUAGCCCUUCCUCUCAAAGCAGGCCUUAAACGCUGCGGGAAAAGCUGUCGUCUGAGAUGGCUCAACUAUCUCAGGCCUCACAUCAAGCUUGGAGCUUUCACUGACGAUGAAGACAAACUUAUCUCCACCCUUUAUGCUACCAUUGGAAGCAGGUGGUCCCUUAUAGCAGCUCAACUACCUGGAAGAACUGAUAAUGAUGUCAAAAAUCACUGGAACACUAAGCUUAAGAAGAAGUUCUUCGCAGGAGGAAUAAACACUGCCAAUGCCACUACUGUCCUCAACACUGCUUCUUCAAAGUUCCCAACUUUCACUCCUCAAGUUGAAGCCUUUGAUCAUAAUAACAACACCCCAACUACUUGUUUUGAGUCUGCUGUUUUGGGUUUGUACCAAACACCAUUCCCAGUUCCAUCAAAAAUGCUGCCUUUGGAAUCAGACAUUUCAGCUACUAAUCCCUUGGUAAUAAAAGAGAAAGAUCAUGUUGGUCAUCAGUGGCUUGGUUAUUAUGCUGAAGAAGAUGAUGCAUUCUUGCUUAAUUUUGUGCAAAAUGGAUUUGCUUAUUCUCAAGAUAAAAACACCCAACUGGACCCAUCAUCGUCGUCGUCGUCAUAUAUCUAA